AUGGGUGAACGGCACCAUACUUUUUACUUUCUGAUCUCCACGGGGAAAACAAUCGACAUGACUCUCUUGCAACAUGUGACCCGCUGCAUGGAAAAGAUUGCGCCAUUGAAGCUUGCUGAAACUGCCUGGGACAAUGUCGGCGUUCUUGUAGAGGCCCCCUUCCCACGCACAAACGCGACCCGCAUCUUCCUUACUAUCGAUCUUCGGCAGCAUGUGCUCGAAGAAGCUCUCAAGGAUCCAAAAAUCGGUGUCAUUGUGGCCUACCACCCUCCAAUCUUCAAAGCGGUAAAGCGUUUGUGCAUGAAUGACGAUAAACAAAGCAUCGCGCUGAAAUGCGCGGCGUCUGGUGUGUCGAUCUUCUCACCUCACACGGCGUUGGACAACUGUAUUGGCGGUAUAAACGAUUGGCUUGCUCGGGGUCUAGGGGUUGGACAGACAACCGUGAUCAAUGCAAUCAAAGAUCCUCCGGCAGACCAAUUGGGAUCUGGAUCUGGGCGGAUACACCUGCUUGAGAAGCCAGUCGAUAUACACGAGAUGGUGCGACGAGUCAAAUCUCAUCUGAAACUCGCGCACGUCCGUCUAGCGACUCCAACGCAAAAUAAGCCGAUCACGUCAAUCGCCAUCUGUGCAGGAUCUGGUGCCUCUGUCUUGAUGAAUACCAAGGCGGACUUGUACUUGACAGGCGAGAUGUCGCAUCAUGAAGUCCUGGCUGCUCUCGCAGAUGAUAUAAGCGUGAUUUUGUGUGAGCAUACAAACACAGAACGCGGAUAUCUCGCUGAAGUGUUACAACCACGUCUUCAGACCCUACUUCGCGAAACUGAGCCGGCCACGGAGGUUGUUGUAAGCAGUAUCGAUAGAGACCCGCUCGUGGUAGUGUAG